AUGCAGAAGUUCUACUAUCGAAGUUUGGGAAUCUCAGUCCUUCCCGAGAGCAAGUCGAGGCCUUUGAAAAGCCAAGUGCUGCCGGUUGCCCUUCUACCCAAACCCUUCCCUAGAAAACAGUUUGAGGAGGUAUGGCAAUUGAGUGCUGUUAUCGAUAAGCUUAUAGACGGGCUUACUGUGCAUCCAGAGUGGUUGGUGGAGGAGCUGGAAGGUGUUAUUCAAGCUGAUGACUUCACCAGAAGGCUGGUGGACAUCUGCCGGGAGGUCUACAUUGAUGGUGACAGGGAUCAUUCUAAAGACAUACGAAUGUAUUUACUACGACAAGAUUAUCUCCCGACUAGAAUUGGCAAUAGGUUGCUACAAGUUGAAGUUAAUACUGUUGCGGCGGCUUUCGCUGGCAUCGUAUCGCGAGUUUCGUGUUUGCAUCGUAUGACGGCGAUGGCUGCCUUGGAUGGUGUGGCUCAGUUCACCCUGCCUGAUAACAAAGGAGGAAACUCGUACUGUCGUGAUGUUCAUGACGUUUGCAUGGUGGUGGAAGAUGGAGAGGAUAAUGAAUGCGAUCAGAGAUUCUUAGAGGCGGCGUUAUUGGUGAACCACAACAUUGCAGUUCACCGUAGGUCUUUGAAGCAGUUGGCACAAGAGGUUGAUGUAGAUGAAAAAACUAAAGUAGUGAGGAUAUGUAAUGUCAUUGAGCCGAACCGAGCGGUUGAAAUAUCCGUUUUUUAUUACAGGGCGGGUUAUGGUCCUGAUCAUUACGUUGAUGAGUCCUGUUGGGAAGUCCGAAGACGUCUGGAAGGGAGUAGGGCCGUACAGUGCCCGUCUAUUCCACAACAGCUAGCUGGUACUAAAAAGGUGCAGCAGCUUUGGUAUAGCGAUCCAAGUGUAAUGGGACGAUUCGGAUUAACACAGGAAGAAGCUGAUAGAAUGCGGGAGCACUUUGCGGUACAAGUGGACCCUUCGGAAGCUGAGGAGACUGUCGCUGAGGCUUUAAAGGAGCCGUCAGGUUGGGUUUUGAAGCCUCAACGUGAAGGUGGCGGUCAUAAUAUGUACGGCGAUGAGCUUGUUGAUGCUCUCAAAACGACUCCUAGAGAGGAGUUGAAACAGUUUGUAUUGAUGGAGCGUAUGGUACCGUCACCACUCCCAUGCCUUGCUAUCGAUACCCCAGCUAGUCGAGAGGCGUUUCGAGUCAUACCAAAGAUGAUCCCGAAUGGGGUAUCGGAAUUGGGUAUUUACUCGGCUAUGGUUAUGAAGGGCAACCACAGUGUGAUGGAUAAACCUUGUGGCCAUAUGCUUAGGACUAAGGAUGAGAGUGUGAUGGAGGGCGGAGUUCACGCCGGUUAUGCUGUUAUGGACACAGCUUUGCUCACGGAUGAAGACAUAUCUAGUUUGCAGUAA